GAUUGGGUGAGCUCCCCAUUUGCCCGUUCUCUAAGUUUAGGCUUUCUCUCACUUUGCACUAUCUCGCCUUUUUUCCCUUUCCCUUUUUCUUUCCAGAAACGAUUCCGUUCUUUUUCGAUUGAACAAUGGAAAGUUUUUUUUCGCCGUCGAAUGCUGCUGUCUAUGAUGACGACUCGCAGACGACGACGACCAGCAGCUCAUUGCAGAGCUGGAUCAGCUGGUUCUGUUCAUUGACAGGACACGAAUAUUAUGCCGAAGUACCAGACGAUUUCAUUGAAGACGAUUUCAACUUGACGGGGUUAUCAGCACUUGUGCCAUAUUACAAUGAAGCGUUGGAAAUGAUCUUGGAUGUGGAACCAGAGGAAAUCUCGGACGAGGACGAACGGGCAGACGAGCCGACGGAAGAAGAACAGGAAGAGGAGGAAGAUGAUGGGUUUUGGAAAGAAAAUACGGCAGUUGUGUCGCGCGGCGGCGGCAGCGAACGGAGGGAUCGUGUUCAUCCAAGCGUCGUCGAGCCUUAUGCCGCCAUGUUGUAUGGACUAAUCCAUCAACGCUAUCUACUGACACGUAAUGGUCUGCGCUUGAUGGCUGAACGUUAUGCUGCAGAACAGUUUGGUUUUUGUCCUCGUGUUUAUUGUGGUCGCUGCCCAGUCAUCCCGUGCGGUCGCUAUGAUGAAGCCGGACGCGAAAGCGUACGCCUCUAUUGCCCGCGUUGCAUGGAUCUGUAUAAUCCGCCUAGCUCUAUAUUCCAAAAUGUCGAUGGCGCUCAUUUUGGUACGACGUAUGCCCAUCUACUCUUCCAAUCAUUCUAUGAGCUGGUGCCGGCUCCACGAGCAAGCAUCUAUCAACCACGAAUCUUUGGAUUCCGGGUAAACGAGCGAUCACGGGUAGGGCCACGCAUGCAAUGGCUACGGAUGCGUCCCCCAGAGUAUCUGACGGAUGCUGACGACGGGGAAGAUGACGACGAUGACCAUGUGGAUAUAGAAGAUGUGGGCGAGGAAGAAGACGAGCCAGUAUUUACACAUGAUGUGCCAUCGCAGGCGGUGGAGCAGCAGCAGCAGCACCAACAACAACGGCAACAGCGAGAUGAUGACCGACUUACUCGGUUGACCCAUCAAAUUGAAGGCUGGCGAAUGAGGGAUUCGGGUCUGAAUAGUUUCUUUCGACGGUGGAUCUGAUGGGUUGCUUUAUGCUCUCUUCCACUCUUUUGUCUUCUUUUUUCUCUCUCUUUCUCAAGUACGCCACAUAUCCCCGUUCUCCCCACACAUACGCAACACUUUUUACAUAUUCACACACAUAUAACCUUUUUUCUUCCUUUUUAAAACUUCCAACCUCCUUUAUAACGUACCUAUACUUUUGUUUUUUCUUUCUUUCUUGCCCUCUCCCUUUAUCUCCCCCCGACAAGAGGAUGUAUAAUAUAGCGCUAUUUCCCAACUACCACAGCCAAUAACGCACCUACCAAGUGCUGCGAAAUGUACAGGAUCCUUGCUAAAUGGUAUUAUCAAAUAAAUAGUUCCAUCAUCA